UCCCUCCCCUGCUUCCAAUCCCUCCCUUUGCAAGGGCCCCAGGCUUUUCUCCAGAGUGGUCGCAGCUGGCCCUGGCAGGGGCAGGUUGGCAUCUAUUCCAGGGCACUCUGAGCUCGGCCUUGGCUAGACAGCCAGGCGCAGCGCGAGCCAGGGAGACACACUGCGGAGACUGUCUGAUCUGGACAGGCCGAGAUACCAGGACCUCUGCUAAGCCAAUGCACCCAGUUCCUCAUCUCAGGGCUCACAGACCAAAACCCCUCCAAGCAGAGCAGCAGCGUCAGCACAGAAAGGCCCAAGCACCCAGAGCGCUGGAACAGGUUUUAUAGCAGGAGAGGCAAAAGCCAUUGAACAAGCCUGUAAAUGCUGGCUAGGAUGGACGCUGUGCAUUCAGGGGCUCGGUCUAGCGGCCCUGCUGGGGGCUAUGAAUUUUGGCAUGUGAGGCCGUGGCAGGGGGUGAAAAUACUGUUUGGUGGGGAUGAUGCACGGGAGCCUAAAGGGAGGGGGUAGAAGUCCCGGUACUGAGGCAGCCAGGGCUUUGUAAGAGGCUUGGAGCACUGCCAGCAGUAUCCGCCUCUGCUUGGGGAAGGAAAUUAUUUCAGUCAAAAACAGAAGUGAAAGACACAGCGAAGCCUAGAGUGCCCGGUCUCCUCUUACACUCGGAUCCCAGCAGAGCCACAGCGAGGGUGCGGAGCCAUGGAGCCCCUCUCUUUCCAGCAGUACAUCUUGUCCCUGGACAUUGCAUCCCUGCCCAGGGUGCUGAAGGUUUGUUCCGGGGUGUACUUCCAAGGGUCUGUGUACGAGAUGGGCGGCAGAGAGUGCUGCUUAUCAACCGGGGACCUGGUAAAGAUUACUGGCCUUCGCCUGCAGAAGAUCACCUGUGAGGAUCCAGAGACUGGGCAAGCAACGGAGCUGCCUCUGAACUUCACAGGGCAUUUCCAGCCCAGCCGAGACAAGCUGUCAUACAUGAGCCUGAAGAAGCUCGCCAGGAGCAGGCCAGCAGGGCUCCAGGACAUGCCCUUCGCCUUCGCCUCAGCAGUUGACUUGACCGUGGAUGGGCAGUUCAUUCCCAAGGGCCAGCCCAUUUCCUUGCUUUCAGUGGCCAGGCAUGAGGGCCAGGAGCUUGCCAACUGCACAACCACAGGGCAGAACGGGCAGCGUUCGUUCUGCCUCCCCUUCUCCUUCCAGGGCCAGUUCUGUGAGUGCAGCGGGCAGCCGAGCUACACGCUGAGCCAGGUACUGGAGUCGGGAGCCCUGAGGGGCCAGCGCCUGAAAUGCUCUGCCCUCGGCAGGCACUCACUGCUCCUCUGCCCCGUGUACGAGGUGCAGGCGAUAAUGCACAUGCGGAAGGAGGUGGUGAAAAUCCCUUCCACCCUGGAAGUGGAUGUGGAGGAUGUCACUGAGGAGUCUCAACACAUCCACUUCAUCAAGCCGCUGAUGCUGAGUGAGGUCCUGGGGCUGGAGGGGGCCUUCCCCAUGCAGGCUGAGAUCCUGGAGGGUCCUGAGAACCUGCCUAUCUUCGAGAAUGACUGGAUUCCCCGCCUGCAGAAGGGGCAGAAGAUCCAAAUCCAUGGCAAGUGCUGUGCCUGGAGGAUUCUCGCCUCGUCCAGCAAGGGCAGGAGGGGCUCCCGGCACUUCCUGCUCUCCAGCACCUACCAGGGCAAAUUUCGAAGACGCCCCCGGGAGUUCCCCACAGUCUUUGACCUGACAACGAGUCUGGGGAUGGGUAAGUGCCUGCGGGUGGUGGUGACUAAAGACUGUGAGAGCACCGAGGAGGAUCUGCCAUCUCUCAGCAUGGGGGACCGGCUGGAGGUGCUGCACCUGGCCAAGACCCAGGUCCGCAGGCAGGCAGAACACAAGUCCAUCGACGUCCUCCUGUGCAGCCGGAGCAGCGGCGAGGGCGAGGAGAGCGAGGAGCUCAUGCUGCCGCUGCACCUGGAAGGCGGCUUUGUGGAAGAGGUCAGCGACAGCAGGAGAUACAGCCUCCCCGAGAUAGUGCAGCAGCUUCAGCUGCCCUGCGAGGUCAAGGUGGCAACCAAGGAUUCUUCCCUUGCCAAUGAUGUUCUGGGCUCUUUCUCCGCUCUGCGGCUGGAAGCGCGAAUCACGGAGCCCUUCUUAGUGACCAGCUUGUGCGAGGCGCCGUCAGUGAGCUUCCAGAUCCCCCCUCAGUGGCUGGACAUGGCCCUGUUCUUCACAGAGGAGCCUGCCCCACCACAGACACCCCUGACAGACAGGUCAAAAGUCGAAGAGCUGACAGAAUCCUUUUAUUAUCAUUUGCUAAAGCUGAUGCCUAGCAAUGAGGCUCCCCCACCACGGCCCCCCAAAAGAAAGGAGUUCAGGGACAAAGCAGGGACCCAGCUACCUGGAGCCAAAGAGGUCACUGAGAAACCAAAGCCACUGCCCCCUUUGUCCAAGUCAAAGUGCAUACCCAAGGAGUCUGUGCCGCCAUCCUCCAAGCCUAGGAAUGCGAGGAGUCGGCCGAUUGUCCAGAGCUCCCCGAAUGAGUACUCGCUACAUCACACUGGCUCGCAGAUCGCCCCUAAGCCUACUAAACCCUUCAAAGAGGCCAGAGAUGCAAAUGCCAGCGAGGAUUCUGACCAUGACUAUGAACUAAUUGAUGAAGACCUUAUAAAAACAAUUGAUAAAAUGCAGAAGGCUGUUCUUCACUACUAGGACUCCAGCCCACAGGACACGAAAAGAUGCUGGCCUACGCCAAAGCCACUUCCAGCUCUUCAACUCAGAGAUGAGCACUCACAAAAGCUAAAUGCAGCACUGAGUCCUAUGAAGUGGCUUCCAACUGCCCUUUCUGGUGCAGCCUGAAGAGACAGCUGGGUUCCAGCAGUCACUGCUCCAUUGUGCUGCAAGCAAGCGAGCCUGCACAUUCAGAGACCUGCCCUGUCCUCUAUGUACUAAAGCAGAGGGCUGGUGUUGUUGGUCCUAUGGUAAGGGGAGUGCUGUCCUUAGCUGUGUAGUUUGGAACCAGGGUGGCUGGAACAAUUUGUAUAGUGGGGGUGCUGAGAGCCAUUGAAUCAAACUGUAAACCCUGUUUGUGAUGGAAAACACCUGUUCUUACCCCUGUAUACCCCACUGUAAACUUCUGGGAUGGGGAUACUUGAUCUGAAUCACCUUGAUUCACAUCUGUAAGGGGCUGGAAACGCGCCACCCCUGGAGCCUCACCUGAGCGCACUCACACCCUGAGCAGGCCCAUAGGCAGCCAUCUACCAGGAGGUGGGGUAGCGCUUGAGUGAUCUUUCACCCUCACUGCAUGGAUAACAAAGACGACUUUUCUGCAGCUGCUGCAUGCUGUUCUGGGUGGGGUUUAAUAUUGUAGGUCAUCAAGGCCGGCCAAAGCUUUCAACCCUGUGUGCCUAAAGUUAGACUCAAUAGAAGCAGCUUCAUUAUGGAAGGUGCUGAGCAGCUCUCACUGCUGUCAGUGGGAUAUGUGGGGACAUGACCCUGCUGAAAAUUGGGCUACUUUGUUUCGGUGCGUCACUAUUGAUUUAGAAACCUAACUUUAGGCAUCCAGGUUUGGCAAUGUAAGCCUCAGAAUAUCUCCUGGAUGAGAAUCAGUGCAGCUGCCAGCAUGCAGUGAACUGGGUUAGUUAGGGUUUGUUUAGCAUAUUUUGUACAGUGCAGUGCUGGCUACAGCUGGGACCCACACAAAUUACUCACACAUUUACGUAAUUGGAGAGGUUGCCCUGGCUCUCUGAGGACACAAUUCAAACACCAAGGCACUAUGGAGAAACACUUCCAGGGGCUGGAAUUAACAGACACUCUACAGCUCCCGCUGAACUCAUUUCUCCUUUUGCGAACGCUGUAAAAAGCUGCAGUUGUGAACCCCCUCCCCCAUUAUUUUCAGUGAUUUGGUUUGUCUCAGCCAUUUUUAGACAGCCAGAGGCUACAUCUUUGAUCACAGCUGGAGACAACUGGUGCUAAUGUUCCACCUGUCCUUCAGCUCACAGGGUACCGCGUGCUUGUGAGCAAGCCUGUUGCCGUCUUCCUUUGGCAUGCCCAGUGUGAUGCUUGUGAAUGACCCUGCUGCGCCCUUGGUCUUUGGCUCUCAUUUAUAAGGUGGCAAAAAAACACAAUAAAAAGUGUCACAAUACAA